UGUGUGGUCUGUAUAAAAGGGCGGCGGCACAAAACCUGUCUCCCAGACAAGCGAAGCCCCCCAGGCCAUACUCCGAUCCCCAAGCAGAAUUAAACCUCACCUAACCCCAUGGGCGACCACCCGGUCGCCGGGGAGCACCACCACCCUUCGGCCGCCACGGCCCUGGGCGCGCUGCUGCUGCUCCCGUCGGAGCUCCUCCACGAGAUCCUGCUCCGCCUGGCCGUCCCGGAGCUCCUCCGCGUGCGCUCCGUGGCGCGGCCGCUCUCCAGCCUCAUCUCCUCGCCGGACUUCCGCCGCCUGUACCACCUCUCGUCGGCGUCCUCCGGGCCCGGGCCGGCCGCCGCGUGGCUGCUCCUCUUCAAGAAGCUCCCGCCCCGCGACGCCGCCAUCAGGGGCUUCCACGGGCCCUCGGGCCGCUGGUUCCGCAUCCCCGUCUCGGCGAUCCUCGCCCCCGCCGUGCCGCCCGGCGAGGACCUCUACUUCCUGGCCGCGUCCGGCAGCUCCUUCCUGUUCGCCGCCAACGGCCGCCGCGAGCUCGUCGUCGUCGACCUCACCGCGCGCGCCGCGCGCCGCCUCCCGCCGUCCCCGCUCGGCCCCCGCGGCACCUCCUCCUGGCGUCGCUUCGGCCUCAAGCUCGUCGCCGAUCCCCCCGGAUCGAACCGGUUUAGGUUUCUGUUCGCUGAGCUGGUGAACAACACGCCGUUCCUCUUCGAGUACCGGUCGGAGACGGACACGUGGCAGGAGUCGGAGGCGGUCCUGGUGGCGGAGGGGGCAGCAGAGGCGGCCGACCCAGACGGAGACGGAGACGGCGGCACCUACCUCUGCGCGGCGCACGCCGGGGCGGACUGCGUGAUGGUGUACGCCGGGCCGCGCACGGACGAGCGCCCGGUCUUCUUCCGCCCCCGGUUCCCGAACGCCGGCGCCGCGGGAGCGGGACACGGGGAGCGGCUGCACGUGUACGGCGACGGGAGCGCGGCCGUGGUGCGGUCGGCGGCGGCGGCGGCGGGCGAGGACCCGACGAGCCGGAGCCGGGGCAAGGUGGUGACGGGCGUGGAGCUGUACGGGGUCGGGGCCGUGGGGGGCGACUGGCAGCUGGUGGCCAGCGUGCCGGGCGGGCUGGUGGAGGGGUUCCGGAAGCCGUACGCCGUGAUGACGGGUCUGCUGGCGGAGCGGGAGGGCGUGGUCCGGCUGGUGCUCAUCUCCAACUGCCGCGGCGCGUGGGACCUGGUGUGGCUGUCGUACGACCGCGCGCGGCGCGAGUGGCGGUGGGUGCCCGUGCCGGACUGGGGCGGCAGCAAGGGGCUCAACAUGGCCGGCAUCGCCGUCUCGUCCACCUUCUCCCGACUCUGGCCGCUGGCCGCGCCGCCGCCGGCGACCAGCAGCAGCAGCAGCAGCCACCGGUGAACCGAUGAUGAUACAGGUGUCUGUCGCACGUGAUGCGUGGGCGUGCUGUACAUACAGGUGUGUGGGUGUGCCGAGUGGUAGGGGUCCAAGUCCAACGCGGCCGUGUCCCCAGUCCCAGUCCCCACGCCACGAUAUGUGAUUGUGAGCGGCGCUUCCAUGCGGGGUGGGGUGGGGGCGUGGCGCGGCAUGAUCCCGCAUGCUAGCUUGGCCGAUGCGGACUAGUCCGUCCGUGAGAGUGAAUUGUUUCAGUUUCAGAUAAGGGAAGGGCCAGGUGUGCGCGUGCUUCUAUUUUGUACAGUAUAAUACUGCACUACAGCUGCUAAGUUCAAAUGCGGUGCUAUGCUUGCGUCGUCAACUUGAACCGCGGCAAUGUGCGACAACACGUGGCUACAAGCUAUAAAGGUCUC